GCGAAAGUCAGCCCUCUUUUCCUCCUGACUGCCUGAGGAUCACCCGCCAUCAUGAAUGACACAGUCACUAUCCGCACCAGGAAGUUCAUGACCAAUCGCCUACUUCAGAGAAAGCAGAUGGUCAUCGAUGUCCUUCAUCCUGGGAAGGCAACAGUACCUAAGACAGAAAUUCGUGAAAAACUAGCAAAAAUGUACAAGACUACACCAGAUGUCAUUUUUGUAUUUGGAUUCAGAACCCAUUUUGGUGGUGGAAAGACAACUGGCUUUGGCAUGAUUUAUGAUUCCUUGGAUUAUGCAAAGAAAAAUGAACCCAAACACAGACUUGCUAGGCAUGGCCUGUAUGAGAAGAAAAAGACCUCAAGGAAACAGCGAAAGGAACGUAAAAAUAGGAUGAAGAAAGUCAGGGGGACAGCAAAGGCCAAUGUUGGUGCUGGCAAAAAGAAAUGAAGUGUCUAGCAGUGAGCUGGAGAUUGGAUAACAGCCGAAGGAAUAAGGAUUCUACAAUGACUUUAACUGCGAUGAUUGUGCGGGUUUUCCAUGAGGAUUAAUAAACUGUAAACAUCUGUGAUGGUUUUGGGCUUUUCAUGAGGAUUAAUAAACUCAACGCUUUCAUGUG